UCCUCCCCCCCCGUGUUGGCGUGUAAUGGUUCAGUCCGUCGACGUCCUGCGCGGGAGCGGAAAACGUGCAUCCGACUCUGGUGGUAGAAGGAGCUGCGUGUGUGUUUGUGUGUUUGUGUGUGUGUUUGUGUGUUUUCCUGGUUGAAAUAACAACACUUCGCUGGACUACGAGUUUCUCACAAGACGUCCGCACAAACUCAGAGCUUUUGGUCAUACCUCCAGCAGCAUGGCCCGGGAUUGGAAACCUGGUGAUCUGAUCUUCGCCAAGAUGAAGGGCUACCCACACUGGCCAGCAAGAAUCGAUGAAGUCCCAGACGGUGCCGUGAAGCCAUCAAAUAUCAAGUUCCCCAUCUUCUUCUUUGGCACCCAUGAAACUGCAUUUCUUGGCCCAAAAGAUAUCUUUCCGUACCAGCCCAACAAAGAGAAAUACGCCAAGCCCAACAAAAGGAAAGGCUUCAACGAAGGAUUGUGGGAGAUUGAGAACAACCCAAAAGUUGAGCUCACUGCACCCAAGCCCGUGCCCCCAGAAUCUUUCACUGAAAAGGAUUUGGACAGCAGCCCAGAAGGAGACGAGGAAGGAGAUGACAAGGGAAUAAAAUCCAAAGUUCCAGGAAGUGAGGCUGAGCAGGAGAAUGAGAAUGUGGAGGAGGAGGAUGAGGAGGAGGAGGAGGAGGAUGAUGAGGAGGAGGAGGAAGGGUCUCUGAUCUCUGAGCAGGGUCCUCAGGACCAGGAUGGCUCGGCACAGAAAGAAUCCACGGAUGUUCCUAAACCCAAGAGAGGAAGAAAGAAGAAGAUUGAUGCCGAGCAGGAGACUGAAAAAGAUGACGCUCCUGCCAGUCCUGUUAGUCCCUCAGGCACAGAGGGCCCGAAACGAAGAGGCAGGAAGCCCAAAAGUGAGAAGUUGCUUUUGCUUCAGCAGCAGCAGCAGCAGGAGCAGCAAGGCUCAGGAAGUGAAAUGGACACUGCCGAGUCAGACAGAAAGAGGAAGAGGGCAGCAGAGGACAAGUCCAAGAGUGGAGAGGAGGAGAAGAGAAAGAAGGAGGAGGCCAAAGUAAAGGAUGCAGAGGGGAAGGAGCCCGAGGCCAAGAAGAAGAAGCAGUCCAAGGAUGACACCUCCUCAGGCUCUGACGAUGAAGAGAAAAACAAAGGCAGAAAGAAAAUCGCAGAAAUGGACAAAGACGUGAGGCGGCGGAAAGCAGAUGAACUGAAAGAGCCGAACAAAGAUGAUGGGAAGAAAAAUGAAGAGAGGACAGGAGUCAAGAAAAAGGAAAUAUCAACUGACUUGAAACUGCAGCGACUGCACAGCGAAAUCAAGAUAUCACUGAAGAUUGACAAUGCUGAUGUGAAGAAGUGCUUGGAUGCAUUAGAUGAGAUCGGUGCACUUCAAGUCACAACCCAGCACCUGCAGAAACACAGUGAACUCAUUGCCACGCUCAAAAAGAUUCGCAGAUUCAAGGCCAGCCAGGACAUCAUGGACAAGGCCACCAUGUUGUACAACAAGUUUAAGAGCAUGUUCCUGGUUGGAGAAGGCGACUGUGUGCUCAGCCAGGUGCUCAACAAGUCUUUAGCUGAACAGCGGCAGCACGAGGAAGCCAAGAAAGGAGCACUGAAGAGAGUGGAACAAGCCAAGGAAAAUAACUCGGACAAGAUGACAAACGGUGAUAUCAGCCCCGAUGAGAAGAAGCAAGAGGCGGAGAGAGAGAAGCUGCUUGAAGACACCUCAGUGGGAGAAAAUCACAGUGUCCCCAAAGCUCAGGAAGAGUCCACUUGAGAGUCCUGCAUCCUUGAAGAAAAGAGAAGAUAUUUGCUGCUGUACUCAUAACAACUGUUGUCCAUACUGGGCUGACCAACUGGGAUCUCCACUCCAGUUCCUUUCGAUGACCGAUAACGAUCACUGGUUUCCAGUUUACUGACUGUCUGUGUCAUUGUUGCUGCUCAAAGGUUUCAGCACAUCAAACCCCCUCAAGUUGAACUGACUGACUGCAUAUUUUAUUUUUUUACUUUGUGUAAUCUUUGCUUUUCAGACACCUUUUGUCACAUGCUCGUGUCUCAUUGGUUUAAGUAAUCAGUGUGAAGAGUAAGAACGUUUUCUGAUUGUUCUAUCGUAUCGUUUCUUGUGCGUUUAACUUGCUUUUUACAUUUACAGAAUCAACAGUUUGAUCUUAACUUCACUUACUGGAGGUACACAGGUUUAGUCGUAGUUAGGAGCUCUAUGACCGUGUCUUAUAAUGAUUAGUACAUUAACAUUUUCUAGAUGCAUAUUCACUUCAGAUAGCCAAACAGAAAAUUUGCCAAAGUUUAUUUUGCCAAUUUUCAACCAUGUUCAAAAUGUUUUUAAAAGUUGGUCGUUUUUAACAUAGAUGUAAAUAAGAGUAUUUUUUUUUUUUGUGCCUGUCUGAUGACCUGUUUCAGCAGCCAAUAAUAAAGUAGCGCAUACGAUAUAGUA